UUUGAUGGCGCCCAUCCGUUCACCAAAGAAGCAUAAAACAAAGAUAUAUAUCCUCGCCAUUUCCAAGACGUUAUUUGGAAGGAUUGUACCUUUUUUUUUAUAAAUGUAAGUUGAUGAAACUUGAGUGAAGAGAACAUCCAAGAGGACUAAACCAUGAAGAAACUGGCGCUGAGGAACUACACGAACGGGACCGUCAUGACGGACACGCUUCACAAAGAAUCUAAACAGUCCAUUUGCCCAAUGGCAUCCAUUUGCACAGGUGCCUUUGUCAUCAAACCGUCAACUGUACCACCACAAGAAGCAACAGAUCGCAAUAACGACCAAAUCCAGGUCGAGGCUCUCGACUUCAUUGAUCAGUAUUAUUGCCAUCUUAACCGAAAGGACAGUGAAGAACAUCUGCAGCGGAAAGUAGUUGUGGCUCAAGCUAUCCAAGACACAGGGACGUACCACAUAGAGUAUGAUGAACUUGUCUUUGGUGCCAAAACUGCCUGGCGAAAUGCCUCACGUUGCUCUGGGAGAAUUCAAUGGAAAAACCUUCAGGUAUUUGAUGCACGUGAGAUACAGACAGCUGAGGAAAUGUUCAGAGCGAUUUGCCAUCACCUCACCUGGGCAACAAACGGAGGAAAUAUCAGGUCUGCCAUGACGGUGUUUCCAGCACGCACAAACAAGAAGAAAGACUUUAGAAUUUGGAACUCUCAGUUUAUCCGUUAUGCUGGAUACAGGAUGCCAGGAGGACAUAUUAUUGGAGAUCCAUCCAAUUUAUCAUUUACUCAAAUUUGUGAAAGGUUGGGUUGGAAGGGGAAAGGUGGCCAUUUUGACGUCCUUCCUUUGGUACUCUCUGCAAAUGGGGAACCGCCUGAACUGUUUGAGAUUCCCAAAGAAAUAAUAUUGGAGGUGGAACUGACACAUCCGAGAUUUGACUGGUUCAAAGAGUUGGGACUGAAGUGGUAUGCAGUACCUGUUGUUUCAAACAUGCUAUUUGACUGUGGAGGGUUGGAGUUUCCUGCUGCACCAUUCAAUGGCUGGUACAUGGGCACAGAAAUAGGGGCAAGAAACCUAUGUGAUGUACAGAGAUACAACAUUCUGGAGAUAGUGGGUCAGCGUAUGGGGCUGGACUGCAGGUCCUCUGUGAACCUGUGGAAAGACCUGGCACUGGUGGAGGUGAAUAUUGCAGUACUGCACAGUUACCAGAAAGCCGGGGUGUCCAUAGUAGACCACCACACUGUGGCUGACAGUUUUGUGCAGUUCAUGCUUCAAGAGGCCAAGACCCGCGGUGGCUGUCCUGCUGACUGGGUGUGGAUUGUGCCCCCCAUUAGCGGGAGCAUUACGCCAGUUUUUCAUCAAGAAAUGGUCAACUAUACCAUCAAACCUUCAUUUGAUUAUCAGGAGGAUCCACCAUUACUGCUACUGAAUCAGUUAGACAAAGAGAAAAAUAUGAAGAACUUGGUGUUUGGAAUUUUCAGGGCUGUUCUCUUGGCUUCAAAGCUGAAAAUGAAAAUUCGGAAGUGCAGGCCUAAAUGCCUCAUUCUGUUUGCUUCAGAGACAGGGAAAUCUGAACAAUUUGCAAGAAGAUUGGAAGCAACAAUGGGAAGAGCCUUCAAUGCAAGGACAGUGUGUAUGGAAGACUAUCCUGUCAACAGCUUCCUUCAAGAACAGCUAGUUCUAGUGGUGACCAGUACAUUUGGACUUGGCAGUCCUCCACUAAAUGGAGAGACAUUCUUCAGAGCUCUAGAAUCCUUUGAAAAGAAUCUGUCCAAUAUAAGGUUUGCUGUGUUUGGCCUGGGCUCCAAAGCCUACCCUCGAUUCUGUGCAUUUGCUGUGCACAUUGAUAACCUUCUGAGGAACCUUGGCGGUCAGCGCAUGACCUCACUAGUGAAAGCGGACAGUCUGAGUGGACAAGAAAAACCCUUUGUUAAGUGGUCCAGGCAGGUUUACAAUGAAGCUUGUGCUUUGUAUGGGUUGUUGACUUUCAAACACGCUGAUGACAUCGAAGUGACCACUGAAUGGCAUGAAGAGAGAUUUCGUUAUACAGUGGUCGGCAAAGAGGAGGACAUUAUCAAGGGUCUCUCUGAAAUACAUGGGUACCAGAUGCAGUCCUUCAACAUAAUAAGUUCUACAAAUCUGCAGGCAAAAAGUUCUGGACUGAGAUCACUGUCAGUUAAACUGCAGAGCACCACCAACAAAGACAAGCUGGUUUACCAACAUGGAGACCACAUGUUAAUCUUCCCUACUAACAAUAUUGCCAUGGUGACAGCUAUCAUUCAACGAAUCAAAGACCUACCUCUAUGUGGCGCAGCUGUCCAACUAGAGACCUUCUCAGUGAAACAUAAUGCAUGGGGUUCACACCCUCGCCUUCCCCCAUGUACCAUCCAGAUGGCGCUGCUGCACUACCUGGAUAUCACGAAACCCCCAACACAAGACAUGCUUAAAGGUUUGGCACAACUGGCAACAAACAACAAGGAACACAACAGACUCAUAACACUGGCAAAGAACGAAGAAGCAUAUCUACAGUGGAGGGACUACAAGAUGCCAACCAUUGUAGAUGUCCUGAGUGAGUUUCAGUCCAUACAAUUGCCUGUGGCAUUUUUGUUGAGUCAGCUGCCUAUUUUGGAGCCUCGCUGUUUCAGUGUCAGUUCCUCCCCUGAUGUGCACCCAAACGAAAUCCAUUUGACAGUUGGGGUCCUGCAGUACAGGACAAAUGAUGGCAGGCUCCAUGAUGGGUUGUGUACAACUUGGCUGGAAAAUCUCGGACAAAAUAACAACACAACAACCAUUCCCUGUGCAAUUAAAUUACACAAGACGUUCCAGCUUCCCCAUGAUGCAGGUGUUCCUGUUCUAAUGCUUGGCAUAGGUACUGGCAUAGCUCCUUUCAGAGGGUUCUGGCAGCACAGAUACUACCAAAUGAUCCACCCAAUGCCUGGUAUCAAAUUCGGACCAAUGACUCUGUUCCAUGGCUGCAGACAGAAAGGUGUGGAUGAUCUCUACAGCCAAGAAAUCUCCCUGAUGCAGGAAAGCAAAGUCUUGACCAGUGUCCACUAUGCAUACUCUAGAAUGCCUGGACAACCACGGAUUUACAUUCAACACCUCCUCUGUGAGCAAGCUCAAACAACCUAUGAACAGCUGGUAGUUCAAGAAGGCCAUAUCUACAUCUGUGGAAGUAUAACUAUGGCUAUGGAUGUCAGAAAGACAUUACUGAAUAUUCUGUGUGAAGAGGGCAACAUGACAACUGACAAGGCUCAGAAUUACAUGGAACUUCUUAGAAAAUCUGGUCGGUAUCAUGAAGAGCUGUUUGGGUUGGGUUAUCCACACCACAGACUGAAUCACAUCAAAUAGGUCAAGUUUCCUCAAAGAACUCAAGGGCAGCUGUAGUAGGGGUCUGGUUUGGCAGGGGAAAGACUUUGAGUUUUAACUCCCCAGCCCCUCCCACCUAUAGCCGGUUUUUAAAUAUUUCAGCAUGCAGAGGAAAAGAAAGUAUUUUUUGCCAUUCCACCCCACCCCCUUCAGUAAAAUCUUGCACUGAUAGUGGGGAUAAAUGAUCAUAUGUAACAAGAACUUGCCUUUAUUAAUAAUUCAAACUUUUACAUGUUUUUCAAAAACAAUGCACAUACAUAUUAAAUGCAUUUCAUUUUUUAUUACAAUUUUGUGUGAUAGCAAGAAUACAGGAUUACAGUUUCACUUUGAUUGUAUUUAUUUAUUUAUAUGUUUACGUUUCUACUGUAUUUGUUUUGGAAUUAUAUAUUUUUUCAUUUAUCAAUAUUGUUUACUCAAGUAAUUCAUCUUCAGUGCCCAUGACAAAAGUACAAGUCAGCAAUGUAAAUGUAUCAUUUCUGCUCUAAAGAUAUCUUUUAAAUUUAAAACAACUACUAACUAUCUUGCACAUAUAUAGUUCUAACAGUUACCCAUGAAGAGUAUUUUAUCUGAUAUGAUGUCACCAAAGGAUGUAUUUUUUAGGUAUAUUUAUUCUUGAUACUAUAUAUAUAAAUAAUAACCUAGACAGUCCACCUAUCCAGGAAAUUCUUAUAUAUCAUUUAAUAUUUAUGUAAAACAAAGUUUGUAUAUUGGAGCAGCAUUUUAUCUAUAAAAUUUAUUUACAUGAUUUGUUUCUUGAACUGUAAUAAUACAUCAUUAUUAUUAUUGUACCCACAACUUCAGACCCAAUGAAAGCCAGGUUCUUCUAUACAAAUCUCCAUUUCUGCUCAACUCAUCAUAGGGCAUAUGUGGAAAGUUUAAUAUAAAGAACCUGGUCUUUAUCAAGUCUGAAAUUUGGGUUAUAUUAUUGUAGAAUAUAUUUAUUAUUUAACUGACUGUAUAAAAAGGACAAGACUUAUUAAAAUAUUUUUAAAGAUUUUUAAAUCCUUGUAUUAUGAUAACUUUUACCACCAAAUGUUACAGAUAUAGUCUAUAUGUUUACCUGGUAUCAGAAAUUUGUAAAAUAAAUAUUUUAAAAUUACAACUACUAAUUACAAUUACUAAUAUUCUGCUGGAUAAUGCCUUUUGACAUAUAAAAUGGCAUGUCAAAUGUCCAUGAUGUUAACACUGUUCCAUGACAAAUGACAGUAAAAUUGAAACUGGACCAGAAAAUUUGGUAAAUUUGUCUAGCUACAUGUAACAGACACUUUUUCUGCAUAAAACCAUUACUAUCUAAGAUUAAUCAUAUGUGAAGGUUUUUUAUAAAUAAAUUUACAUAUUUAAUACAUUUUUAUCUAUUUAACUUAAUUAUUAUGUUUUUUUUUCAAGUUUAAUAUGCAAUAAUGCAGGAAAACAUUCUUUAUAUUGUAUACCGGGGCCUUUAUCCUAAAUUGUUGGUAUCAAUAUCAGAAAAUAAAAGUUUUAUCAAGUUUUAUAUAUUUCAUUUAAUCAUUGCCAUAUGUACCCUCAGUCCUCAAGUACAUGUAACAUUUUUCAUAAUUGAAGAUAAUAUUAUAUAGUGACUGAAAUAACAUGUACAUAAAGCCCUAUAUUAAUAUUAUCAUGUAUAUUUAGCAAGUGAGUUGGAUUUUAGAUCCUAGACUAUCUGUUCUAAGCUCUACUGUUGGUCUACUCACUCUUGGGGCACUCCAGUUCAGUUUGGGAAACACUUUUCCACCUAAAGUUGCAAUACUCUUCUUGAUUUGGGCUUCAAACUGAGGAAAACU